AUGUACUCAUGGGUAGGGGCUUCGCCGCUGGCGAUGAUCGACGACAUGCGGAGCCGGCGCCGCGGCUUGCCCUAUCGCGUUUCUCGCGUACGCUGUGUUUUUUCUUCUCUAGGUGCAUCCACAGGCACAAUGUCGGGAACAAAGAAGGCUGAACAAAUAGAGUUGCAGGGCGACACGUGGCGCGUAUGCAACUUUGUUGAUAAGAAGGAUAUCAUAAAAAUUGGUUCAGCUACGAUGAAACAGAAGGUCCAGAUCCAGGACUGCAAAGGAGUGGGUGUUCAGAUUGAGGCCAAGGUCAAUUCUGUCAUCAUCGACAACUGUGAAAAUAUCCGGCUGUGCGUUGGCAGCCUCAUUUCGGGGGCAGAGUUUGUCAACUGCCGUAAAGUGAAGUUCCAGGUUACCGGUACUUGCCCUUCAAUUGCAAUCGACAAGUGCUCUGGUGUAGAUCUCUACGUCUCGAAAGACAGCAAAAAUGUCGAGAUUACAACUAGCAAGUCAGGGGAAAUGAAUCUGAAUUUCCCGAAGACAGAUGACGAUGACGGAGACUGGAUAGAACUGCCCAUCCCCGAGCAGUUCCACCACCACGUCAGAGACGGUGUGCUAGAUACCCGGGUAUCCGAGCUCUACUCCCGCUGA